AAAUCGAGGAAAAUGACGAACUGGAGGAGGAGGAGCAGAAGCAGAAAAGCAAGGCGCAGGAAAACAAACAGCACUUCCUAAGUAGUAGGAACCCAUGUACCCAUGACCAUUCCAAGGAAAGACAACUAUAUGAGAAAGAAUCCAAAGAAAAAAUAAAAGCUUCAAACGCUUUCAAUGAAGAAGGGAAGAAAGCGUUUUACGAAAAAAAUUACAAACUCGCUUGCGUUUACUUUCGAAAGGGGCUGAUACAGUUGGAUUAUUCCUUCCCCGACUCAGAGCAAGAACAGUGUGAACAAAGCAGACUCGAAAUUAACUUACAUUUGAACCUGGCCAUAACGAAGUUUCACAUGUCCAACUAUCACGAGUGCAUCAGUGAAUGCUCCACGGUAGGUGCAGAGUGUGCCUUGGGGCGUAUAUGA